AUGCGUGGGGCUCAGAAGCAAGACCUCCUAAAACAGAAUACUAUGGAUGGUCUUAUUGCAGCCACAUCAACUCAUGGAUUCAUGAUUUUUGAGAUUUCGAAGAAAACUUACCGACUUGAAGAAUUAUUUGAGCGGAAUAUGAAAAGAAGUCUAUUUAUUAGUAUGGCAAAACAACUAAUAAACAGAGAAAGGCAUCAAAAUCUUAUUAGUAAUCAAAAAUUGCUUCACAAUUUAAACAUAUACAAUCUAUUAUUACAAAAAUCUAUAUUUGACUACUGGAGACAAAGAAGGAAAUGGAUCUUAUUUACAAGAAAGAUCAAAACAAAUGUUCAAUUGAAAAUAUUUCAACUUGCAAGAUUACAACUUCCAAAAAUCUAUAGAGAAAUUUAUAGAUCGAACUGGGCCUCGUUAUCAUUAGAGCUAUUAAGACAUACAAGAAUUCAAAAAUGCCAAGAUUUGCAUGAUUCACGAGCUAAUAAAUUAAUUCUUCAAAAAUACAUACAUCAAUGGCAUGAAAAUGCAGUAACAUCCGCACAAAACAAAGCAUCUAUUAUAUUAAAGUGGGAAGAAUUGUACAAGAAACUACACAAGCGACAAAUUAAAUCUAAUUUCAGAUUGAAAGCAUACGAAAAUGAACAAAGAAGAAAGUGGAAACUUCUUAUUAACGGAAAGAAAGUAUCAAAGAUACUGCUAGUUUACAAUCAGUUUGUUACAAAGCAAAAUUGGAAAUAUUUUGCCAGACAAUUAGCAUUCCAGCAGAGAUUAAAUGCAGUCAAAGCAGCUCAUGAUAGACUUGAGAGAAUCAAGAAAUGGAAGGAAUUGUCUCACAAGUAUAAAUCUAAUUUGCAGACACAAACAUUGAUAAAAGAAUCUAAUCACAUUAAAUACAAGAGACUCUUCAAAUAUUUCAUCAGAGAAACACUUCACAACGAAAAAUUAAAUGAUUUGAGACUUGCUAAAGACAAGAUAAAUGAAAUAAGAGAAAAGAGAAGCAACAAAGAACUACAGAGAAAUAUGCUCUAUUUAUGGAAUGAAAGGGCUAUGAUACAUAGAGUAACAAUGACAAAACUUAAGUCUUCAUUUAACAAAGCAUAUAACAUCAUUGCAAGAAGUGCCAAAAAUAGAGCAGCUGAAAUGAUUCAAAAAUCAUUUAGAUCUUAUAUGAUAAGAAGAGAAUCAAACUUGUCAUUAUUGCAGAAGAUGUUCAUGGGCUGGAGACAUCUUAUUCCAAAUAUUACAGACAGAUUAGUUAGCGAUUUCCCAGAUAUGAUUUUAAUAUUAGAAAAACCUAAAAUUUUGGAGUUUAAUGUGAAAAUUCCUGACACCAACAAGUUAUCUGUUUUCAAAGAGAUGUCAACAGUUCUUAGAACAGAAAAAGAGAUCCUUCUUGAUGAAAUUGCAAAUGAUUCAACUAAAUUAAUUAAAUUUUCAUUUGAUCCAAAUCUGAAACAGCAUAAAGUCUUAGAAAACUUAAUGAACUACUAUCAAAAUAAGAAUGAUAUCAUUUCAAGUUUCGCAAAUUCUAUUUCGACUUUAAUUAAUAUUAAUCUUUCAGAUAAUUUUGCAAAUCAAGUUUCAAUUUCUCAUUUAAAUGAUAUAAAUAAGAUUGAAACAAAACUAUUUGUUGAUGAUAUCCAAAUGUAUAACUUUGAUCCAAAAUUGAAUGAUAUCAAGUUAGAAAAUACACCUCUUGAAUUCUUUUAUCAAGCAAAUCCAUCAUAUGAAGAUGAUAUUAACUUUGUAGCAUUGAAUGCUACAAAAAGUUUUGCAAAUGUCAACAAAAAUUUCCAAAAAGAAACAAAAUCAAUUUUACCUUUUUACAAAAAGAUUUCGAUCCCAUUAAAUGUUUCAUUCACAAAACACUACUCAAACAUGUUGUCACUUGAUAUGAACCUGAAAUAUACUGCUUUACCAAGCUUUAAACCAAUAAAAUGUCUCACAUUUGAGAAAAUUCCAAAACAAGAUGUCAAUGAUGAUUUUACUUAUGAUGCAACAAGUCAUAUCAAUCUUUCGUUAGAUUUUGCCAAAAGAAUUGAUAUGAAACCAAUAAAUUCAUUUUCAAUAGAAGAAAUCGAGCUUUGUCCAGAUGACAUCCCUGAAGAAGCUGCUUCAAAGAUCAACUUUGAUUCAGUAUUCAAUUCACUUUUAUCAACAAAAUUCAUUAACAUUUCUCCUACUCCAAUCCUUCCAACCCCUGAAUUUCCAGAAGAAUUCUUUGAUGAGAUGAUUGAAGACUCAAUCAACUCAAUAUGUUAUACCAAAAUGGAUCCACUUUAUGAUCUUCAUUUCUCAAAAUUUCAAAAACAGCAAAUUGAUGAUGAUUUUUAUGUGGACCUUCCACUUUUUAUUCCAGAGUAUCUUGUUCCAUUACACAAAUCAUUAUCUUUUCUUGCUCAAAAUCAAAUUCCAUCCCCUGAUUUCGAUGAAAUUUCAAAUGAUUAUUCUAAUAAUUUAACUUUGAGUUUAUCCGAUACCAAGAUCGAUUUACAGCAAAUUUUCAAUGUUUGCAAAGAAAUGAGAGAUAGAAUUGAAGAUGAAUCCAUGAUAAUUAGUCAGAAGUACUUGCUUAACAUUAAUGAUGUUGUUUCUAAUUAUGUAACUAACAACUUUACAAAAUUGAUAUCAAUAUCAAAUUUGUUCUCGACUAAAAUACCAAAACAGAAGCUCGAAAACAUCUACUCAAUUCAAGAUACUUGUCUCAACAAUGCAAUACAAGACAGAAAUUCGUUGAAUUGGUAUGUAAAAGAUAAAUUUAUACCAAUAAUCAGUGAAAAUGAUGAAAUUUAUGAAUUACCUGAAUUUGAACCGAAGUUUACAAUGAAUUUAGGUUUCAAUUCGAUUUCUGAUAGGAAAGAUCUUAACAAUCUUUAUGAAGAUCAAGUUAAUUCAAUAAUGCAUGAUAUUAAAGAUCUUGAUUAUUGUUAUCUUCAGUUGAACAACUCAAACCUGGCAUCGUUUACGUUCUUCGAUUUCUUUCAGCUUUUCAACUUGGAACAGAUUGAUUUACAACUAUCAUUAGAUGCUAUGGAAGAGGAAAAGAACGUUCUUAAUAAUAUCUCUCAUCCUGAAAAUCCACAUCAGCAUCCAAAUGAUAAAGAAGAAUUAUAUGAUCUAGAAUUAGAAUUUAAUUUGGCAGAAGAUCAAUUUAAUUUGCAGAAUUUCGAGAAUCAUGGCUUUGAAUUCUAUGAAGACAUGAUUCAAGAAUUGAAGUAUCCACUCGAAUUUAAUUUAUAUGAUAUUACUAAUUUGAAAUAUCAAGAAUUCAAUAUCCAGAGAAUAGAUCUGAUACAUGAAAAUGAUUUGGAAUUUAUAAAUCAUUACGAUAUCGAAAAAGAUCUCUCAGAUCUACUGCAUUUUAUCAAUGCAAAUGAACUUAUACAUUUACAGUUCAGCAAAUCAAAAGAAAUAGAAUUUCCAUCAUAUGAUAUUGAGCUUGAUCUUAAAGAUGUUGAUAUACCAAUUCGUUCUGACUUCAUUGGAACAAAAGAGAUACCAAAACAAGAUUAUCCAUCAUAUGACAUUGAUGUUUCACUCAAACAUGUAUCGCAAACAACUGCAAAUCCAAUAUUUGCUUUAUCAAAUGACAAAUAUUUCAAUUUCGAUAAUCCUGAAAUUGAUUUACAGAUAAAUCUCGAAGAAGUAAUCAAAGUUGAUAUUAAUUCAUUGAAUAGUAUUUCUAAAGUUGAAACAUAUCAAAUAUUAACUCCAUCAUUUGAUGUUAAUUUGAAUUACCAUCUUGAUGAUUUCAUAGCAAAUACGCUUGAUUUAUUCGAGAAGAUUGCAAUUCCUUAUCAACAAGUAUCAGUUGAAAUUCUUCCAGAUUUCAAUAAUAUUGCUAACAUUUUAAGCAUCAAAAACUUGUUUGAAUUAAAGAGUGUAGAAAUUCCUGAAAUUAAUCCAGAUACAGAUUACGAAAUUAAAUUUGAUUUAGAUUUGAUUUCCAUUCCAAAAUUUGCCGAAAACGAAAUCAUUUUGUUAGAAAAAUCUGAUGAAAUUGACAAUUACUCCAUUAAAUUGAAUUUUAACAAUUUAAAGAGCAAUAUAAUUCGGCCAUUGACUUUCUUUACAAAUCAAGCAAUACCAGAAAUAGAUUUUCCAAAUUAUAGCAUUGAAUUGCCUGAAAUUGAUAUCAAAUUGCCUUAUCUUUCUUAUACUAAGGAGAUUGUUAAGUUACAAGAGAUACCAGAGAACAUCUUCGAUAUCAAAUUAUCACAUCUUGCAAUUCCUUUCAAUAGGCAUCAAGGAAAUAUUAUUAACUUUGAACUUAACAAAAUUAAACCACAAGAAAUCAAUGAUGUUUAUAAUUUGGAAUUAACAUUUGGUAAUGAAAUAGCAUUCAUAAAAGAAUUUCCAUUUGUUCAUGAUUACAUUCCAAAGAGGAACAAAUAUUUCAUCAAAUAUAAUGUUACAAUGCCUUCUUUCGACUUCAUCGGUAUUCCAAAGUUUACUUUUGAGUUUUAUCCUAAAUCAAAAGAUAUUUUAUCAUUAUUAGAUGAAAAAGCACUUAGUGAACUCAGUUUUCAAUUCAAUAUUGAUGAUUUACAUCAGAAGAAUCAAUCAUUAAUCAUUUAUGAGAAAAGUAAAAUCAAAGAAAAUCAUAUUAAUUACGAUGAUUUAUAUGAAUUCAAUGAUCCAAAAUUGAUGCAAAGAUUGAAUAAUGCUUUUGAAGUUCUCCAACCUAAACAGAUACCAGAAUUUUCUGUGAAUUCUAAUGUAUAUUCUUUGCGUUUAAUUAAGUUGGGUGUUAAUCUCAGGAGAGUAUUAAGACCACUAAAUAAUAUGAAAAUUUUCGGAUUUUCAGAAUGGAAAGAUAUUAUUCCAAAGUUUGAAAACUCAUUUGAUGAAUUUAUUAUUGAUAAUGUUAAUGAUAUUAUUGAAAAAGCAAUUAAAGACAUUACUCUUCCAGAAAAAGAAGAUCAGCUGCAAGAAGAAGAAUCUACACCAAAUAUUAUCAUUCCUAUUAACGAUGAAGAGUCGGUGUUUGAUAUCUAUGCAGCGCUAGAAAGUUCAUCUCCAACAGCUGCUCAAAACAAAUUCAAUAAAGAGGAAGACGAAGAAGAGUCAUUGAUUUCCCAAGUCGAUAUCAUUAACGAUGAGUUAUAUGAAGCAGAGGAAGAAAAUUAUUCUCUUCAUAUGGAUGAAAAUAAAUCAAGAGAUAUCAGUUAUGUGUCUGAGGAAGAAUCUCUUAACAUUACAGAAGACGAAAUUAUUAAGGAAGAAGAAGAUUUCAACAGUGAGAUCGACUCUCUUUUAGACACAAGUAAUCUUAAUGAUACAACUUAUGAUGAUAGUAAUUAUCUUAAUGUUACUGGUGAUCAUAUCAAUGUUUCAAGUCCUAAUAUAUCUAAUUCUCUCCUUCUUCAAGAUGAUAAUGAUUCAAUGAAUGCAGAAUCUGAUGAAAGUCCAAUUUAUGUAAUUAAUCAAUCAAAUGAAGCGAAAACAGAGGAUAAAACUAAAUCAGAAAGUGAAGAAGAUUUCUCACUUCACACAAUUGAAAAUGAAAAUAAGGAAUCAAGUCUUCAUUUUGAAGAAGAUGAAGAAUCUUUGCCCAUUGACGAUAAAGAUAAUGAAAAGAUUGAAAAGGAGUAUGGUGAAUUAAGUUCGAUAUUAGAUUUCGAUGAAGAUGAUAAAGCAAAGCCAGAUGAAGAGAGCCUUAAUAAGUUUGCCGAGGAAAGCAUCGAAUCUAUUGAUGGCCUAUCAUCUAUCGACUUUGAUAAUACUUUAGAACCAAAAAGUAGUUUCAUUGAUCAAGCAAUUUCAGACAUAUUCAGCAAUUCAGAAGUAUCAAAAUCUAAACCUGAUUUUGUUUUUGAGUCAGAUGAUGAGACACAAGAAGCAUCUCAGAAAGAGUCACCCGUUAAACAAAAGAAAGGUAAUAAAGUUAAUGAAACAGAUGAUUCUAUCUUCUCCUUCAUCAAAAGCGAAGUUGAAUAUGUAUCGCAUCUUGAAGAAGAAGAGGAAGAUCAAAUAGAAGAAGGAGAAAUAAGAGAAUUCGAUCCAAACGAAUCUCUUGAACAACUCAAUAGCCCGAGUUUGCUUACGAAUGACAUUCAAGCAGAUAAUCUUCUGAAAGAAAUAGUUGAGGAUUGUAUUAAUGAAUUUUACAACAAUCUUGAUAAUACACUUCUAAAUCCAAGUACGACUUACUUAAAUAGGAGUUUUACUAUGGAAUUAUCAAGAUUAUGUCGAGUUUCAGUUGUAAGAAGGCUUGAAGAGAUCCAAUUUAGGGAACGUGAUGAAAAAAGAGUGAAUUGGAAUCUCAACUUUUAA